AGUCAUUCAUUAUACAUGCAUGAUCGAUCUAGGUCGUUUUGUUGGUAGUCAAGUAUCGGUUUAUGAUCUAGCUAGCAUGCAUUAGAGAGAUGCCAGGACACAAAGUAUUUCGAAGUACAUCUAAGAAUCCAGCACUAUUUGAUAAGUACCAGUGCCCCUACUGCAACCAUCUCCUGAAGGAUGCUGUGCAGCCAAUAUGUGGACACUGGCUGUGUGAAUGCUGUGCUGAUGAGCUGUUAGCAGAGAGCUCGCCAAAAUGCCCCAAAGUUGACUGUCAAGAAUAUCACAAAGGGAAUGAGUGUUUUCCUGAUCGAUUUGUGAGAAGGGAUGUUAAGCAGAUGAUCGUCAGUUGCCCUCGGGGAUGCCAAUGGGAGGACAUGGUGGCAGAGUUGGAAGCUCAUCUCAAAGCGUGCAAUUUUAUUUCCAAUCUAUGUGGUGUUGUCCUGACCCCAGACCAAAUUGGAACGCAUACUCAUACAGUGACACUGGGAGAGCCAGUGCAACAUUUUAACAUUCAUGGGUCGGAUCAUGGCAAUCUGCGAAGUGCAUGGCAAGACCCAUCUGUUGAUUGUCAAGAUAAAGAAUGCUUGUGUGUGGAAGAAAACGCUCACCUAGCGGUUGAUCCAAAGGAAGCUACUUCUCCGCAUCCAAUACACACAGAAAUGGGAGUGCAGGAAAUGGGAGUGCUUCAAAAGUUAGGCGGUACAAAAUUAGCCGGUGAGCUUACAAGAGAGUUUAUGAGAGACAUGAAGCAGAAAAAUGAAGAGAUUAGCUUGCUUAAAUCUCGUCUAGCAAAGUUAGAGACCCAGAAGGAAAUAUUCUUAUGGAAGAUUACUGGCUUUAGUGAGAAAAUAGGAGAAACUCAAUUAGGUACAGCGAUUUUCAGCCUUCCAUUCUACUCAGGACAAUACGGCUACAAAAUGUGUCUUAAGUUGUACUUCAUAGGAGAUGGUGUUAGAAAUACCAUCUCCCACUUGUCGCUGUUCUUUUUGAUCAUGAAAGGAGAGUUUGACAAUAUUCUGUCAUGGCCUUUCACAUCCAAGGUGAUCUUCAAGCUGAUUAAUCAGACGGGGAAUAGGGACAUCAUAGACACUUUCCAACCAGACCCCACGCGCAGCUCUUUCCAAAAGCCAAGGUCCGAUAUGAACAUUGCUUCAGGCUGUCCAAGGUUUGUGUCACACACUGAACUAAAGAGUGGAGGCUUUAUUGUUGAGGACACUGUGUUUAUCAAGUGCUCUAUUGAAUAAAGCAACUACAAUUAAUCUCACCUGAUUUUUAUGCACCUUAAGUCACUUAAAGUGGCUAUCUGUUUCAAUUCGUUUCAUGAGUUGUGUAUUCACUUAAGUCUUUCGAAAGUUUUAUUUUUGACACUUCCAACCAGACCCAUGAGUAGCUCUUUCCAAAACCCAAGGUCCGAUAUGAACAUUGCUUCAGGCUGUCCAAGCUAGGUUUAUGUCGCACACUGAGUGGAGGCUUUAUUGUUGAGGACACUGUCUGUCAAGUGCUUUAUAGGCCCUGAUAAAUUAUGAAUUUUUUUCACCACCUUUUUCUAUACAUUCCGAUUCUCUGAUCAUAUUAUCCGUAUGUAGACGUACACACAUCACACAACGACAUAAUUAUCAGUUAUUUUGUUGAUUCCACUUUUCAAUGCAAAACUUUUACAACUCAUUGCCUGAUCUUCAUCAAUGUGCGUAUGUAGACGUACACACAUCACACAACAACACAAGACAUAAUUAUCAGUUAUUUUGUUGA